UUUUAUUUUCCUAUUUUAUAUAAUGCCUGAGGUACACGCAGCGUUUGAGAACUCUGGAAGGAGUCCCGGACUCGAAGUGUGGAGAAUUGAGGAUUUCGAGCCUGUAGCCGUACCAAAACAGCAGUAUGGGAAUUUCUACUCCGGAGACUCAUAUAUUGUCUUAAAAACCACAGGAAGCAGUCCCAACUUCAACUGGGACAUACACUUCUGGUUGGGCACAAAGACGUCCCAAGACGAAGCCGGGACGGCGGCCAUUCUGUCUGUAAAUUUAGAUGACAAUCAAUUCCAAGGCGCCGCAGUACAGCACAGGGAGACCCAGGGCCACGAGUCUAAGGAGUUUUUGAAAUACUUCGAGCCAGCUAUCCGUUACUUGGACGGCGGCCACGCGUCGGGCUUCAGUCAUGUAACAAUAAACGCUGGAGCAGAGAAGAGACUCUUCCAAAUCAAAGGCAAGAAGAACGUCAGAGUGAGACAGGUGGAACCAUCAAUAGACUCGAUGAAUAAGGGAGACUGCUUCAUCCUGGAUGUGGACCAUACCAUCUACUUGUUCGUUGGAGAUCAGUCCAAGAGUGUUGAGAAAAUAAAGGCUAUAUCGGUAGCUAAUCAGAUCAGAGACCAGGAUCACAAUGGAAGAGCUGAUGUUGAGAUUAUUGAUCCAUAUUCAUCAGGCUCUGAUACAGAGAAAUUCUUCACCGCACUCGGUUCUGGUGAUUUGGACUCCGUGUCGGACGCUUCUGAAGGUGGUGAUGAUGAGGACUUCGAACGUGGUGAGGUUCAGGAGGUGUCCCUCAGUGAGAUCUCUGACAGCAGUGGCACCAUCAAAGUGACCAGUCUGCCCAAACCCUACCAGCGGGAGCAACUCAACACCAAGGAAUGCUACAUCUUGGAUACCGGUAGUGGCGGAGUUUAUGUAUGGGUUGGAAGGGAGUCUAAUGAGAAGGAAAAAGCCGAAGCGAUCAACAAAGCUCAACAAUAUUUGAAGCAACACAAUUUACCUCCUUGGGUACACGUUUCAAAAGUGCCAGAAGGUAUUGAGCCGACAGCCUUCAAACAAUACUUCGAAGCUUGGUUUUAAUUGGUUUUUUUACUAAAUGUAUAUAUAUAUAUAUAUAAAUAUAAAACCAAUUUUUGUUCCUUUUUUUGUAUAUUCAAUUACUGCAUUUGUAUUGCAUUAUUGAAAUGUUUAUAGAUCAUAGACAAAACGUGAUAUUUUUUUUUUAUAAUAUAAAUAAAGAUAUAUUAAGUUA